AGUAGUUACCACAAAUGUUACUAAGGAACCUGUUAGCUGUUAGUCUUGAGGAUGCCUAAGGGUAGCGACUCGCACCCAAACUUGUCCCCCUCACUGAAAAUCGAUGUGUAUCACGCAUGCGUAAAAGAUUUUCUUUCGCUGCCUGUCAAGACCGCCGGCGAAGAAUAUUGUUUAUAACACAGUGAAUAUUAAAUACUCUACAAACAAAACCAUUCAAAAUAAACGAGAAAUUUCAUAAUAGUAAAACAAAAUUAGUAACUCAAUCAAAUGUGAAUAUAGUAUUAAGUGAAACUAAGAAGCACAAAGAAUAAUCACGGAUAUACGUAGGUGUGAUUAAAAAUUGACUCUUAUAGAUUUUAAAACAAAAGCUAUCAUUAAUUGAAAAUAACUAACAUGCGCACAUGUUGUUUUGAAUUGAUUAAAUUAGUUUCAAUUUAGGGUUUUUACUGUAAACAAAUAACUGGAGUAAAGAAAUAAAGGAUGUAGGUAAAUGUGAGAGUGGUGAUACAUUUGGCAAAAUGAAUGAGACGCUAGGCCGGGGGUACGCCCGGAUCGAGGCGAUCCGUGCGGCGCGCGGCGAGCCCUUGUCUUCGAUGCCCGACCCGGGGGCGCCGCCGCCGGACCGGUACAACUCCGUCUACCUCACGCUGUUCGUGGCAGGAGCUGCAUUCUUACUGCCAUUCAAUAGUUUCAUCAUGGCGGUCGACUACUUCCAGAUGCACUACCCGAACACGACGAUAAUGUUCGACAUGUCGACUGUGUACAUAGCGUCGGCGUGCGUCGCCGUCUGUCUCAACAACCUCCUGCUCGAUCUGUUUACAUACAACACUAGGAUCACUUUCGGCAUCCUCGUUUCCCUAGCGACGAUGUUAUUCGUAGCUGUGUGCAACAUUGGCUGGGACGGGUUCUCAACGCGGGUGUCCUACACCAUCAACCUGGUUGCCAUUGGAGUGGUUGCUUUUGGGUGUACCGUUCAGCAAGCCUCGUACUACGGCUUCACUGGUUGUUUGCCGCCGAGGUACACCCAGGCUGUGAUGGCGGGCGAGAGUGCUGCUGGAUUUUGGGUGUCCUUGGACCGGAUUGUCACCAAGUACGGUUUCCGUCAGCCGCAACGAAGCACGUUCAUGUUCUUCGUGUUCUCCAUACUGAUCUUGCUGGGACACUCCAUGUUGCAUCACGUAAUGAUGCGACAUCCCCUCGUGCAACAUUACUUGCGACUCACUAAUGAAUCGCGGCACAGGAGGCGUAUUCAGCUUCACUUGAAUCCUAACGAAGAUGCUACCUUGAUGGAAAGCGAAGCUGGUGAAGCUAGUUACGGCGUUUUAAAACUUCAGAGUCCUGUGCUCUCGACAACUGGACAAGGAGAAAUCGAGAGCAAUGCUUUCAGCUUCGCCAACCCGGUGUAUUCGCCGACAGCUGUCGCGCCAGUGCCGGCAGAGGGCGCGGUAGAGCAGUUCCCUGAAAGCGUGGCGUCAGAGACCUCCUCCACUCUGCGCACCCCAAGACCUUCCUAUAAAGUGGAAGACGUGGUCUUUGAGUCGCCUGAAAGACCCACCUCCUGGAGAGCCUUCAAACGUGGGGUGUUGGCUCGGUGGGCAGUGGCCCGAGCGAUCUACCCGUACAUGGUGUCAAUCGGACUGGUGUACUUCACCACGUUGAGUCUGUACCCUGGCAUCGCCUCCGAGGUGCCCUCCUGCCGGCUUGGCACCUGGAUGCCUAUUAUACUCAUGUCUGCCUUUAAUCUUUUCGAUUUUAUUGGAAAAAUAGCGGCAGCGUGGCCGUAUGAAUGGAGUCGCAGUCAGCUGCUGAUGGCGAGCGGGCUGCGGUUGCUGUUAGUGCCGCUCAUGCUGCUGUGCGCUGCGCCCAGACAUUCGCCUCACAUCGUUGGAGACGUGUACCCUAUAUUAUUUUCCGUGGUGCUUGGCUUCUCAAAUGGCCUGUUUGGCUCGGUACCUAUGAUACUAGCGCCAUCUCGCGUUGGACGGGAACAUCGUGAGAUUGCUGGUAACAUGAUGACACUUUCAUACAACGGCGGGCUGCUAUCAGGCUCGCUGGUAUCGUACUUAUUACUGGGCAUGCUGGGAGCGCCGGCGGGUGCGCCGUGCCGCGUGUACCCCACGCCGCCGCUGCCCACGCUGCCGCCCGCCACGCCACCCAACGUCACCUAUGCCGUCACCGCGUCACACUAGACUAAGAAGGAAAGAUGACCGAGAUGAUGAUGGACAUGUCAUAAGGCAGAUAGGUCAGGUAACGUAUGGUAUACGUGACCAAAACGGUCAUUUACUAGAACUAACCCUCGCACUCAGAGACAUUAGCCAUUCCUUAGUGAAAGAUUUCCUUGACAAUCCGUCACAAGGAGUUACUUAAGUCAUCAAUGCCCAUUUUCACCAACAAUCUCUUAAUCUAAGUGCCACUUAGAAUAAGGGCUCUCCCAAUUUUGACAUAAAUAACUAUGGAUAAGGGAUACCUAAACUUUGGUGAAAACGAAAUUCUUAUUAAGUGUUCCGUAAAUGCUCUUAGGGGAUCCCUUAAUUUAGGUAUUUGUUGGUGAAAAUGGGCAUAAAUGUCUCCGAGUGCGGGGAUAAGAGACUUUUACCGUUCUGGUUCCUUGGCGUAUGAGGGCGGAGCGAGUAACUUUCCUCGAUCCCCGAACACCCGCAUUUGACGCGCUACUUUCUUAGUAAAUUUUGCGUUAUGACAUCUCCUCUAGUCAUUUGGUUCUCCAUGAUGGCCCUAUGUGUGAGAUCUGAAUACUCGCUCGUCGUGAGCACGCUAUUGUCCUAUGACGAUUGAUCGCAUCUAGUAAAGAAACAAACCUGUGUCCAUUCUGUUCUCAUGUGCACCUGUCGUUAUUCUAUAUUUCAACACAAGAUGCAAGCAAUCUUCAUAGCUCAUAAUGUGCGCAUGACCUGUGAUUUACUGAACAAUAAGCCUUAGGAACUUAAUAUACUUAUAUUAUGUACUAUGUUUUGUCACAUUACCUACCUGAUGAAAGUUAUAAUUUACCUGAUUUGUAUUAUUUUCGCUCAGUAGAAAUAUUUUGAAAAAAAAAAUCCUUUAUUUUCCAAAUCCAAAUCCAAAAUCCAAAGCUCCUUAACUUAUUUCUGUCACAUUACUUAUCAAUAAAUGUGAACGAAAUUUUAAGGCUGACACGACUUUUCAUUUUUCACUAACAAAUAGGACAGUUUUAUUUGUGAAACUAUAAAAGGGAGAUGAGUUUUUUUUUUGCAGAUAUUUACCUACGUUAAUAUAUUCUAAGACAACAUUAACGAUAGAUACACACAUAGAUUAAAAUAACGAUAUCAGGAAUAGGCUAGGCUAUUAAUUCAUAAGUUGUGUGUACAAAUAACUUUUUAAUUUGUAAGCUAUCAAAAUAAUAACAGUUGAUCCUUAUCCCUUUAUCCCUAAUAUAAGUUAACUCGAUAAUAAGUCGGUUAAAUUAAAUACGAAGCGAGUGGAUUUCUUACUGGCAAAGUUUUGAUAUAGAUUUGCCAGUAAGAUCCAGUGAAUGCUGACACCUAUCAAAAUAAGUAGAUAUAAUAUUAUAAGUAGGUCCAUAUUAUAUUGUAAUUGAGCUGAAGAUGUACAGCCUAUAUUCACUAAAAUAUACAACUAAUCAGUAAACAUUCCGCCGUUACAAUUAAGUAUGAUAAAAUAUUUCGUGACAGCGACUUUUUGCUAUUAAACUUACAUAGGCACUUUGAUUGUUACGAUAGUAGUUAAAUAGAUAGUAAAAUAAUAUUUUUUUAAUGAUAGUUAUUAUUUAAUUACCCUUACAAGAAAAAUAAUGACGAUCGCUGUCAUUAGUUAACGUAUAUUUUGCAGUUUUGCGUAAAACGGAAUGGUUGUAGGUACAUGUUAAAGAACCCUUGUGAGACUGAACACAAAUGUUAUUGUGAAUGGAUAAGUGACUUAUUAUGACUUGUAUGUAUUAUUGUAAAAUAUCAAAUAUGAAAUGGCUACCUCUUGCUUUUCUACGAAAUGUAUUUGUUCUACAAUGUAGAUAUUUGAUUGUACAUAGCACCUGUGUAAAUAAUUAUCAAUUAAAUAGAAACAUAUCUGGAUA